AUGCAGAUGAUUGGGUCUGUUUGGGCGGGCUUCUUGGUGCGGCAGGGUCUGGCAAGUGUUUGUUUGGUGAUUGCACACAUUCUGCGUUGGUCGGAGGACAACAGUGGAGGGGCUGGCUGUGCUGAGACUCGCAUGGCCGUUGGCUGUUGUUCCGAAGAACGGUGGAUAGGAGCACUGAAUUUGGGAAGGGGCCAGAUCCAUUUCUUUGUUUGCACAUUUUGUAUUUUGUACUCACAUCGAUGUAGGCACCCUGACGGACAGAUGAUCUUCUUGACUCCUCCGCACCCGUUGGAGUUUGACACUGUCAGAUUGGCAGCCAAAUGA